AGAUGUGAAACAGCCACCUUCACACGUGUUCUUCAGACAGGACAGCGUCAAUUAAAACACACUGACACAGAUUAAAACAGAACACCAUGAAGGUUCUUGUGGUGCUUGCACUUGCUGUAUGUACAGGUUGCCAGGCCAACCUCUUCUAUUCUGAUGAGCCCAAGCCACAGCUGGAGCAGCUGACCGAUGCUUUCUGGAGCUAUGUUGCGAAGGCAACACAAACCGCAGAGGAAACCGUCAAGAUGAUCAGGUCUUCCCAGCUGGGACAGGAAGUCAAUACCAGACUGACCCAGAGUGCCGAUAUGGCCAGCGAAUAUGCCGUCACCCUCAAGAAACAGAUGGAUCCUCUGACUGAAGAGCUGAUGACCAAAAUCACCAAGGAGACUGAAGUGUUGAGAGAGCGUCUGGGCCAGGACCUGAUCAGUGUGAGAGACAAACUGGAGCCCUAUGCUGACAACCUCAAGAGCCAGAUCCAGCAGAGAGUGGAGCAGCUCAGGACGGCCAUGGGUCCAUAUGCUGACUCCCUGGAUUCUGAGACCCUGAAGGCCACUCUGCUCCAGAAGAGCGAGGAGCUGAGAGGAAACCUGGAGCAGAGCGUGAAGGAGCUGCAGGCUCAGCUGGAGCCCUACACUGCUGAGAUCAAGGAGAAAGUGGAUCAACAUCUGCAGGAGUUCCAGAAGACCGUGACCUCCCUGACUGAGGACCUCCAGGCCCAGAUUAGAGAGAGAGCCCAGAUGGUCCAGCAGAGUCUCACACCCUAUGCUGAAGACCUGAAGGAAAAGCUGGAUCCCUACGCACAGGACCUGCAGGCCCAGCUCACCUCCCUGUACGAGUCCUUCGUCAAGAGAAAUUAGAUGCUUCAAAGACCUCUUUUGUCACUAACAGAACUACAGAACUACUCAUGAACUUCAAAAUUUGACAUAUUUGAUCUGUUGUCCUCCGUUUAUUCAUCCUACCAUGCUCUACACUAAAGCCAAAAGCAAAACAUUCGAUAAAGUCUCAUUAAUUAAAAUGUGCAAUAUCCAAUGUCCUUUACAUAUGUAAAUUCUCUUUUUUUCUGUUUAAAGGUGGAUAUUUAUUUAGUAAAAAUAAGAAACAUUAUUUUUGAGGAAAAUGUGUGAUAUUCCUAUAUUCCUGUUUGUAAGUUUACAAAUGCCACAUUUGAUCUCA